AUGGCUGACUACGACAACGAUUCCGGCCGUUACGCGGACGAGCCCCGGUACGACCGCGAGCGCAGCGCCUCUCCUCGCGAUGAGCCUCGAGCCGACCGCGACCGUGCUCGCAGCCGCUCCCCCAACGGCCGCUCUGACGAUAGAGCUCCUUUGGCUCGCAAGCCCGUCGAGGAAGAGGAUGAAGGUGCCAUCAACUCUGGCUCCAACCUCUUCGUCACUGGUAUCCACCCUCGCCUGACCGAGUCCGAUAUUUCGCGUCUGUUCGAGAAAUACGGCGAUGUUGAUAACUGCUCCAUCAUGCUUGACCCCCACACUAAGGAGUCUCGUGGCUUCGGUUUCGUGAACAUGGUCACUGCCGAGCAGGCUGAUGCCGCCAAGGAGGGUCUCCAAGGCGAGGUCAUCGAGGGUCGCACCCUGAGCAUCGAGAAGGCUCGCCGUGCCCGUCCUCGUACUCCCACUCCUGGCAAAUACUUCGGUCCUCCCAAACGUGGUAAGUUUCAUCAUCCCUUUCCCCUUGCGACCCUCGCGCAAUGCAUAAGCUUACGUGAUUUUUUUCUGCUUCGUUCAGAUGGUCCUGGUGGUCCUGGUGGCCCUGGUGGUCGUGGCGGCCCUCGCCGUGACCGUUAUGAUGACCGCCGUGGCCCCGCUGGUGGUGGCUGGCGCCGUCGCGAUGACGACUACUCUCGCUAUGGUCGCUACGAUUCUUACAACGACCGCCGCGAUUACGGCCGUGACUAUGGUCGUGACUAUGGCCGUCGUGACUACGGUGGCGGCGGUGGUGGUGGUCGCGAGUACGGUGGCCGUCGUGAAUCGCGUGAUGACUACGGAUACCGCGGUGGUGGUGACCGCUACGGUGGUGGUCGCGAUGACCGUUACGCCCGUGAAGAUCGCCGUGGUGGUGGCGGUGGUGAUGAACCUCGUGGCGGUGGCGGCGGCGGUGGUGGUUACUACGAUCGUGAUGCCAACCCUCCUAGCUUCGAUGCUGCCGGUCCUCCCCGUGAAGCUCGCGACCCCUACGCUGGUGGUGGUGGACGUUCCUACGAAGGCCAGGCCCGCAGCAGCGCUGGCGGCGGCGCUGGUGGUGAGGAUCGGUAUGCUGGCAGGUAA